CAGUUGCGCACUAAACUUUGCAAACGUCGGGCCGGGCUCAUAAACCAAACAUCCAGCAUCCAGUCGAGUUAUACAUAAAAAAAAAUGGACUACUCCACAGCCAGAACAUGCUUACUGGGAUUCAUAUUCGUGAUCUGUAUGGGCAUUGGCCGGGCAACGCCGCCUUUUCAUUCAUACCUUUAUAAUCCGCAGUACUGCAGCGACACGCUGAGCGGACGCCAGCUAUAUGUGGGCGAGGUGUUUACGCGUUCCGGCCAAUGUGUGCGCGUCCAGUGUCUGGGCACGCUGCAGCUGUGGGAGGACAGCUGCAAGGUGCCGGGCGCACUGAAGGGCGCCUGCAAUGUUCUGCCGCCCACCGAAGCCAAUGAGGACUAUCCUAGAUGUUGUCCCAUGUACGAAUGCAAGACGUACGAGUCGAAUGCGCAGGGCGAGCUGGAACAAACGAAUACGUAUGAUCAUACUGGUAAUUUGCGCAAAUCACAUGUGACCGAGCUGAUUGUGAUCAGCAAGGAUCGGCGACCGGGCGCACCUGAUAUACCCGCAGCUCCCGCUCGUAAAUAUCUGGUGUAAGCGCAGCCGUUACAUCCCGUUAUAUUUGUGUGCGUGUGUGUGUGUGCAGCGCAUUUUAAGUGUGAUUGUAUCAAUUAGGCCAUAAUUAGUGAUUAAUCAGCUGUAUCGCAUUGUAUUCUUUGUGCCCUUAAUAUUGUAUGUGUAAUGCGCACAAUUAAAUUGAAUUUAACAAAAUUUAA